CCUAGUGAUGAUAUAACAUCAAGGACUGUGACGUCAACACUAGUCCGCCUCGCGUUUCCGUAGCUACUGUUAGCAUACAUUCUCCUGCUCGUUCUCGUUCUUAACUAACCUUUGAAAAAAAUCUGUGUUCAAUCGAAAGUUUUAUUAAAUAUGAUGAUAGCGAGUAUCGGUGAUAAUUUAUCUUCUGAAUAUUUAUAACUCUCGUUUUAACACGUAACCAAGCACCUUACCUAGAAAGUUGCAAAAGCGGGUUUGGAAUACUUUUACUAUUUUGUUGUCAUUCAUCACUGGCCGCAAGUUGUCGUUUGUGGUGUGUGGUGUGUGUCUUGUGCGUGCGCCAACUGCGAAGGGGUUGAAGAUGUGCAAAAAAAAAGUUCGCGAGUUUUAAUUAACAACGCACGAUGCGAGGGCAGCAUUUGCUUAUUAGGGAUUCACCCAACUCCCACAUGAUGGUGAGCGACAGGACUGUCGUAAGAGUACACCAUUCAAUUGUGCAAGAAAGGGUUAGGGUGGUUUGCACCACUCGUCAUCAACAAAGUAGUCGGUUUGUUACGGUUUCCGACGCCUGCACUAGUUUACCACCCCUUAGAAAACAUGUUACAACAAUCAGUUUUCCUCCUAAGAUGGAGAGGUCUCCUAUAUCGCCAGCAAUAGGUUCCGUUCAUAUUCAGGAGCAAACAUAUAUUCAAGCACCUAACUAUAUCCAAUCCCAGAACUAUGCAUCACCCACGCCAAGUACACUGUAUACACCGAACAGUUCCGGAUACGUGUCCGUAACACAACCUCUACAUAAGAAAGGGUCCUUGAGGAAUGGUGAUAUCUUGAAACGCACCCGAGUGCAAACUAUGUACGAAUUAUCUCAAGAUCUGUUAGACAAGCAAAUAGAAGUGCUGGAACGUAGAUAUGGUGGUGUUAAGGCUCGUAAUGCAGCUCUCACGAUUCAAAGGGCAUUUAGGAGAUACACUCUCCUUAAGAAAUUCGCCGCGAUCACGGCGAUGGCGAAAGCGGAAAAGCGUAUUAGUCGGCGAAUACCAACGAAUGGUGACGACGCGCGUAGUACUCUCGGUGAAGGGGAAGUGUGCGAGCCAGAAUACAUGCGAAAUUUUGAAAACGGUCAUGAAUGUGGAACAAUUCGAGCAAUCCCUGUACGUUCAUUAUCUUUGAGAGAACGAAGAAAUGUAGAUAGCAGCCCGCUUCCCCGUAGUCAAUCUGGAACCCCGACAGUUUGUUGGGAGAGCUAUUCACCUAGCGCUCAUUAUUAUUCCUCUCCCAUAGAAAAUAAAUCCGAACCUCAUAGCCUCCAACAAGCUAGUAGCCCAAAUUCUUGUGGUACCCCCUCUAGCACCAAUAACGGGUUUGUUCGUUCUCGUAGCAGCCAAAGUACAAGAAGAGUUCCACCCGAGGUUCCCAAGCGAACUUCGAGCAUAUCGUCGAGAUCAGUAGACCCACGCCAUCACAGAUCAAAUGGACUGAGCAAAACGACCGAAAAUGGAUCCUUGUCGAGCGUACAGAGCUCAGGUAGCGACAGUAGCAUAUCGACAGAUCGAGUUCAGUGCGAAUUUUCCGGUUCACCUAUAUGGAAACGCAAGGGCCACAUCCCGGAAUAUGCCGAACCUUCGCUGGAAACAAGCUUAGGAAUGAUCUCCAAUUCCAGUUCCUCGACGUAUGUAAUCGAACGACCGGAACAGACCGCGCCAACGAGUUACAAAAUUUCCGAAACGAUUAGAAAACGCCAGUAUCGUGUAGGAUUAAAUUUAUUUAAUAAGAAACCCGAAAGAGGGAUCACCUAUCUUAUACGAAGAGGGUUCCUAGAGAAUACGCCGCAGGGCGUCGCGCGGUUUUUGAUCUCGAGAAAAGGUCUGAGCAAACAAAUGAUCGGAGAAUACCUCGGCCAUUUGCAAAGUCCCUUUUGUAUGGCCGUCCUCGACUGCUUCGCAUCGGAGCUUGACCUUUCCGGUAUGCAGGUCGACGUCGCUCUACGAAAAUUCCAACAGCACUUUCGCAUGCCGGGAGAGGCACAGAAAAUUGAACGUCUAAUGGAAAUAUUUUCGCAGAGAUACUGCCAAUGCAAUGUCGACAUUGUCGCGAGAUUGCGCUCUCCAGAUACAAUAUUCGUUCUGGCAUUUGCAAUAAUAAUGCUCAAUACCGACUUACAUACGCCAAAUAUAAAACCCGAGCGAAGAAUGAAAUUGGAAGAUUUCACGAAGAAUCUUCGCGGCAUCGACGAUUGCGGUGAUAUAGAUAGUGAUAUGUUAGCCGGUAUUUACGAACGGGUGAAGGCGAACGAGUUUAAGCCGGGCUCCGAUCACGUUUCGCAAGUGAUGAAAGUGCAAGCGACGAUCGUCGGUAAAAAACCGAACUUGGCUCUUCCGCACAGGCGGUUAGUGUGUUAUUGCCGAUUGUACGAAAUUGGUGACAUUUAUAAGAAGGAGAGGCCUGGCGUUCAUCAGCGCGAAGUUUUCCUUUUCAACGACCUGUUGGUUAUAACGAAAAUUUUGAGCAAGAAGAAAUCUUCCGUUACUUACACUUUUAGAAACAGUUACCCGUUGUGUGGCUUGAUCGUCACGUUGUUUGAGGUACCAUUCUACCCCUACGGUAUACGAUUAUCUCAACGUGUCGAUGGGAAGGUUUUGGUGACUUUCAAUGCGCGGAAUGAGCAUGAUCGUUGCAAAUUUGCUGAAGAUUUGAAGGAGUCCGUUCUGGAAAUGGAUGAAAUGGAGAAUUUACGAAUUGAGGCUGAGUUGGAGAGGCAAAAAUCUAAUCGUGGCAAUAGAUCAGGUACCGAAAAUCGUGAUAGCGGCGUCGCAGAUGUCGAGGUGUGCCCGUGCCCGUGUCCCUGCUCUCAAAAUCAGGCGUUAAUCGACGGCAGCCUAGACGAGGUGGGGCACGAGUCGCAAAUUAAGCGGUCGGCGCUAAGCAAUUCUCUUUUGGAUAUACACGAGCAAUUUGCAGGAGAUAAAGCUCAAAGGCGCGGAAGCGUAGGUUCUCUUGACAGCGGAAUGUCGGUCUCCUUUCAGUCCACUUCGGCCAGCACCUGUUCACGCUCUGAGAAGGUUCCGAAUAAAGGAAAGCCUGUGUACUAUCAACAUUCUUUUCUGGGUGGUAUAUUUAAUAAAAAAAAUCAGUAUCUUAUAUCUAAAUCGACUGAAGUGUAAAAGCGGUGCAGUUUGUCAUUAUUUACCAAAUAUCGUUUCACCAUCAUAGUUACGUUACCAAAUAACCAAUCGGUAUAUCUACUUGUGGCUGUUAAAAUGUUUCGUCGGCAGUUAUUUUCAACACUUAGUCAUAUUAAAUGUUGAUUUUGUUAUUAAAGAUUGUUACCUAAGAAUUUAAUUUAAAUGUGUCGCUGUGUAAUUUUUCUUAUAUGUAAAUACUAGAUCCAACUGAACAUCUUGUCGAUUCCUAAUCUUGUAAGUAUUUGUAUAUAAUUCAAAUUUGAUUCUUAAUCAGAGAUUAAAACAUUUCUAGUCGUCUGUAAAUAUAUUAGGCAUUCUCACACAUUAAUUCAAAUUAAUUUACUACCAUGUAUUAGUGUUUUUUUAAUAAGUUAAUAAACA